UUAGAACACCUGGAAUGUUACCAGUAAUUCCCCUAGACACGCUUUUAUUAUCAACAAAGUUAGGACGCCUGAGCCCGAAUGCUUGGAGUGGUUACCAGCAUCCAAAAAACAGUAGUUCUCCUAGUCACGGUCAGUACUUUCCUAAACAGUCAACUUAG